GCUCAACGAGAGUCUUGGGGAGCCCUACCGCUGCCUCCCAGCCAACGCGGAUCUCGGUGUCCCCAGGGCGGACCUUUCCACGCCGCACUUCCCCACUUCCACAAACCCCCAGGGCCAGGGCCAUUGGCCUCAGAGCUGGGUCUGGGAGUGGAGGGCGGGCGCUAAAGGCAAGAUCCGCCCCCUUGGAGGUGGCUCUCCUACCACUCUUGCGGCUGGGUCGAGCUCCGGUAGCCCAAAGCACUCCGUGCCCGGUCCUGCCAACACAGCCCUUGGUGGCGGGCAGCAUGCCAGCCUAGCACUUGGGCAGCAGUCGCCAACGUUGCCCGCUGUGCCCAACGCGAUGGAGGGGGCUGGCUUCCUGCUCCGUCUCCUGGCGCUACUCUGGCUGUGCCCGCUGCAGGGGAAGACAGGAAGCACCCCUGAAAGCCUGCUCUUCAUAUCCACUCUGGAUGGGAGUCUGCACGCUGUUAGCAAGAAGACCGGUGACAUCCAAUGGACUCUGAAGGAUGAUCCCAUCAUCCAGGGUCCUGUAUAUGCCACAGAACCAGCCUUCCUCCCUGACCCUAGUGAUGGCAGCUUGUACAUCUUGGGAGAGGAAAGCAAGCAGGGCCUCAUGAAACUCCCAUUCACCAUCCCGGAGCUGGUCCAUGCAUCCCCCUGCCGCAGCUCAGAUGGUGUCCUCUACACAGGAAGGAAGCAAGACACAUGGUUCAUGGUGGACCCCAAGUCAGGCAAGAAACAGACGAUGCUGUCCACAGAGACAUGGGAUGGGCUCUACCCCUCAGCCCCUCUUCUCUACAUUGGCCGCACACAGUAUACGGUCACCAUGUAUGACCCCAGGUCCCAGGCUCUUCGCUGGAACACCACCUACAGAGGCUAUUCCGCACCCCUCCUUGACCACUUGCCUGGCUACCAGGUGGGCCAUUUCACGUGCAGUGGGGAGGGUCUGGUGGUGACCGUGGACAAGCCGAGCGGAGCCGUUCUGUGGACUCGAGACUAUGGCUCACCCGUGGCAGGUAUUUACGCCUGGCACCAAGACAGUCUCCACCGGCUUCCCCACCUCACCAUGGCCCUAGACACCCUGCGCUUCCUCACCCUUCGCUCCAGUCAUAUCCGCCUGAGGCACUGGACCCAGCCACCCAGCAUGGCGAGCAGAGACUUCUCUACACCUGACACCCAGUUGCUGCUGACACUGUACGUGGGGAAGCAUGCGGCCAGUUUCUAUGCCUCCAGUGCGCUGGUCCACGCUGGUGUGGCACUGGUGCCCCGAGGAGUGACCCUGGCCCCAGUGGACGGACCCACCACGGAGGAGGUGACUUUAAGUGACUCGGGAGAGCGUGAGGUCACCCCCAGCACAGCCGUCAGAUAUCCUCCUGGCAGCAUAACUGCUCUCCACAGCUCAUGGCUCCUCAUUGGCCACCAUGAACUUCCUCCCCUCCUCCACACCACCAUGCUGAGGGUCUUCCCCACUUUGGGGUCCAGGACUGUGGCUAAGAUCAGCCCCCCAGAGGGCGCCCCACCCCGCACCCUCUUCCAAGAGCUGCUUAGCCUGAGCCAGGAGGUAACACGGGGUCCAGAAAGGCUGCCAGGGCCCCAGCCUGAGAAGGAACCCCAAGAUCUGUACCCAGGGUCUGGGACUGGAGACAUGGUGGUGGUCGGUCUCACCACCCUCCUGCUCGGGGGCUGGAUCAUCUUCCUGCUACGUCAGCGGAGGCAAGAGAAGCGUCCUGGUCCAUUGGAGAUUGCAAACCCCUGUCCUGCCCGGGACCCUCUCCCCCUGGGGCCAUCCUGGAGCAACCAAGGGGGCUCCUGGAGAUACACCACCAGCUCUCCCUCCCCUGGGGGUCCCUCAGACCCCACCAGGAGGAUCCACCCCACUCAGAGCGCCCUCGAGCCUGGAGACACCGAAGCCCCGGAUGAGGAACUCACUGUGGUGGGAAAGAUCUCCUUCAACCCUAAGGAUGUACUUGGCCGGGGGACAGGUGGCACGUUCGUGUUCAGGGGCCAGUUCGAGGGGCGCGCGGUAGCCGUGAAGCGGCUACUCCGAGAGUGUUUCAGCCUGGUGCAGCGAGAGGUGCAGCUGCUCCAGGAGUCUGACGCCCACCCCGGAGUCCUGCGUUACUUCUGCACGGAACGGGGACCCCAGUUCCACUACAUUGCUUUGGAGCUGUGCACCGCCACCCUGAAAGAGUAUGUUGAGAAUCCUGCCCUGGACCGCUUGGGCCUUGAGCCGGUGACCCUGUUACACCAGCUGACGGCGGGCUUGCUCCACCUACACUCUCUGAACAUAGUCCACCGGGACUUGAAGCCCUGUAACAUCCUCAUCACCGGGCCCGACAGCCAGGGCCGGCGCCGAGCUGUCCUCUCUGACUUUGGCCUCUGCAAGAAACUGCCAGCCGGACGGCACACCUUCAGCCUCUGUUCUGGCAUCCCGGGCACCGAGGGCUGGAUUGCCCCAGAGCUCCUGCAGGACGAGCCCCCCGAAAGCCCUACCUGCGCCGUGGACAUCUUCUCGGCAGGCCUGGUGUUUUACUACGUGCUCUCAGGCGGGGGGCACCCCUUUGGGGACAGCCUGCACCGGCAGGCCAACAUCCUUGCUGGGGCCUCUCACAUGGACCACUUUGAGGAGGAGACCCACGAAAAGGUCAUUGCUAAAGAACUGGUGGAGGCCAUGUUGAGUUCUCAGCCCCAACUUCGGCCUUCAGCCCAGUUUGUGUUGGCCCAUCCCUUCUUUUGGAGCCGAGCCAAGGAACUUCAGUUCUUCCAGGACGUCAGUGACCGAGUGGAGAAGGAGGCCGCGGAGGGACCUUUGGUGACGGCUCUGGAAGCCGGAGGCAGGAUCGUGGUCCGACAGAACUGGCACAGCUGCAUCUCUGGACCACUGCAGUCAGACCUGAGAAAGUUCCGAUCAUACAAAGGGACGUCUGUUCGUGAUCUUCUCCGGGCCAUGAGAAACAAGAGGCACCACUACCAGGAGCUGCCUGCAGAGGUGAGGCAGGCGCUUGGCCAGGUGCCUGAGGAGUUUGUCCAGUACUUCACCUCCCGCUUCCCUCAGCUGCUGCUGCACACACACAAGGCCAUGAGCAGCUGCGCGUCCGAGAGCCUUUUCCAGCCCUACUACAGGACAGCGGGCCCGGGGGAUGACAAAGAAGAGGCCCCGGCCUGCAGAGGAGGUGGCCAGCAGAGGCCCUGACGAGGCCAGCCACAGGAAGGCCAUCUGCCAAGCCAGGGGAUGAGUGCUGCCACAAUGCUGGGACGUCUCACGUAACGCCCUAUGAGCGGAGGACGGCAAGCCAGAAUUCACGCCUCCAUUUUGUAGAUUAGAAGCAAAGGCCCAGAAGGUGCAGGGAGCGAACGUCAGACAACUGAAGACGUGCCAUGCUGCGUCCCAGGCCCGGAGGACAGGCGCCGGGGCCGCCUGCCACAGAUCUGCUCGGUCAGGAAUCCCUGCUCUCCACUUCCGGUCCAGUACAAUCCCAGUGACUCAUGCACACUAAGAGCCCGGCCCCAGGAGGCAGCGGGGCGCCAAGGGACUCGCUGCGCACCGGCCGCCUGGCUGGCCCCUGGACUCGGACCCGAGACUGUCCGCAGCGAGACCUGCUGGGCUUCCCCUGCCUCCCUCCUCAGGGACACUCCUCACACCCCGGAGCACAUCACAUACAGAACCCGAGUACUUGCAAAUUAAUGUUUAAUGUUUAUAAAGCCAAAGGGCUGGGAUGCCCAAGUUCCUUUAAAAAAAAGUUUCUGUACAGUUCAAGGAGAACAAGGAGUCCUAAGGCACACCACCGUGUACAAAUAACUUACACAUGAAACUUCCUUCCCCGAAGAACAGAGACAAGGAAGAAAGCGAGGGUUGCUAUUCCAAGUU